UUAUUAUCAAAACGUCAAACACAGAAACACAUGCUCUUGUAAUUAAAUAUGGCCGUUCCCGAUAAACUGUGUUUUUGUGAACUGUGAUUGAGUUAAAUAAAUGUUAAUCGUGUAUUUCAAUUAUAAAUAGAUGUUAUUACGGUCGACCGGCAUAUUUUUUGUUUACAUGCUUUCCUACUAAAUUUUUAAUUGUAAAAUUAUUUGAUGUGUGCUUUGUUUAUUUUCACAGUAAGAAUUUGACUUAACCCUUCUUAUCAGUAAGAAUUUUUCUACGUAUAGAUCUAAAUUAACGGGAACUUUACAUUGUAAAAUUGUAUUCAAUUAUCAAACUGAGUUUGAAAUAAUGAAAUUGAAUCUCUACUUAGUUUUAACCUAAUUGUUUAGCUCCUCACAGAUUGCCUACGUCGUUAGGUUAGGAUCACCCAGCUAGUAAAUAAAAUGUGUGUCGUUGAAUAGCAUUUAGUCAUUAGGUUUUUAAUUAAUGCUAAAUACUCUUGAAAUUGCCUAAUUUUUCAAAUCAAGUGAAUUAGUCUCACUUGAGUCAUGGGGAAUAAAAAUAGCUGUUGUGCAUACUCAAGUCCUCAACAAAGAAGAAAAGAUACUGGGCAAAAUUUUGAGGAAUAUUUACCAGAAGGUGAAGAAAGUAUCGGUAAUCUACAACAUAUCAGUGAGAGAGAACCAGAAGACUGGAAUGAAGAUCCCUCCUUUCAUCCAAAAGCAGGAACAAUUUUUAUGGAGAGAUCUAAAGUUAUUUCAGAAAAUGGCUUGGUGAGGAAGAAGAGUCAGAAUCAUAUUGCUGGUAGCGGAGCUCUCAAGAAAAGUAGUUCAUGUUCUACUAUUUAUUUGGAUGAUAGCACAGUUUCUCAACCAAAUUUGAAAAACACAGUGAAAUGUGUUUCUUUAGCAAUAUAUUACCACAUAAAAAAUAGAACUUCUGAGAGGAAUAUGGAAAUAUUCGAUGAGAAAAUGCAUCCAUUAACGAGAGAUGGUGUAUUAGAUGACUACGAUAAACAUAAUCCGGAGCAUAGGCAAAUAUAUAAAUUUGUUCGAACAUUAUUCAACGCGGCUCAAUUAACAGCAGAAUGUGCUAUCAUCACAUUGGUAUAUCUAGAAAGGUUGUUAACAUACGCAGAUUUAGACAUCACUCCUGCCACAUGGAAAAGGAUUGUUCUUGGUGCCAUAUUACUCUCAUCAAAAGUAUGGGAUGACCAAGCUGUGUGGAAUGUCGACUAUUGUCAGAUAUUGAAGGACAUUUCUGUUGAAGACAUGAAUGAGCUGGAGCGGCAGUUCCUGGAGAUGCUGCAGUUCAACAUCAACGUGCCGUCGAGCGUGUACGCCAAGUACUACUUCGACCUGCGCACACUGGCCGAGGCCAACGACCUCGCGUUCCCCGGCGAGCCACUCAGCAAGGAGCGCGCUCAGAAGCUCGAGGCCAUGUCGCGAGUCUGCGAGGACAAGGUCACCGCCGAGGCGCUCAAGAAUGGACUCAAGAAGUGGUCGAGUCUCGAUGACGUCACCAACGGACCCUUCCCCACCAGGCGCAGUGCGGCCAUCCUAUCGUGAAUCUAUGUUGUAACAGUAACAUUUUACUCGAUUCUCUUAUGGGGAACGUAAUGGUCCUUCCAUUCUUGGUGGGUUCCGAAACACAGGGUGGUGAUAGUAAUAAUUACAUUGAAGCAGAGAUGAUGUUCUGCCGAUCACCCAUCCAUGUAGAGGGUAAUUUCAUUUUACGUGGAUGCCGAGCCACCGGGUGAUUUCAAUAAUGAGAUCAAAGCAGAGAUUUGAUUUUCUGCGAAUCUCCCAUCUAACAGCCUCUUUCUAGAUGGUAAUUUUAUUCAAGGUGGAUUCCGAACCACAGGGUGAUGACAAUGUUUAAACAGAGAUUUGAAUUUCUGCGGAUUACCCAUCUAAGUUCCUCCUACCUCUAGAAGGUAAUCUCAUUUCCAGUAGGUUCUGAACCAUCGGGCAAUAAAAAUAGUGAUAAUGAAGUAGGGAUUUGUAUCUCCUACUUCUAAAAGAGAUGGCCCUUUCCAUUUUAGGACGAUUGCAAAAUACAGGAUAAGUGGCAGAUAAUGAAGUAAAUGAAGAGAUUAGAUUUUCUAAUAGUCAUCUCCUCCUAGAAAGAAAACUUUCACCAGACCUGAGGCAUCCAGGUCAUAUUUUUUUUUCUAAAUUACAAGGCAUUUUUUGAACUUUCGGAUGCCGAUGAUGAGGGAACAAAUCAUUUGAUUUUCUGCCGAUCACCCAUCUAAGGGUGAGAUCACAUUGAAUGCGUGUAUGUGCAAGUACACGUCAAGCAUGAGACGAAAAACAAAAUCUGGAAAGUGCCAUUGGAACACUUUGUGACUUGCAUGAAGCUGCUCACACUGAACGUGACCAGUAAGUGUAGUUCAGUGUGAGUGUUCCUAUUGCUCUUUCAGAUUUUGUUUCUCAUCUGAACGCUUGUCAUGCAUAACCAAGCGUUCAUUUGCACAUAUACACAUCUAAAGCUGCGUACACAUAUUCGCGCUUCCAACCCGCACCGAGCACGCUCCUCCCUCGUACCACCAUCGAACCACAGUCCCUCCGCCCACGCACCCAUCAUGAACGUUACGGAAGAUGUUAGAUCUUCUCACGUUCCCCGGUCGAACCACUCUUGCUCGCCGGUCGAUCAUCAAUCGCUCUGCUGGAGUGACGUUCGGUUGCGGAGCAGAGCGAAAGUCUGUACGCACCUCAAUGUGAUGCAAUGCCUAAGACACACUUAAAACAUCAUUCUCAUUUCAGUUGGUUUCUGAACUAGCGGAUACCGAUAAUGAAGCAGAAAGUCUUAUUUUUUGUGCCGGUCAGCCAUCUAAGAGCAGUCUUGAGUUAUUGUUACUUCAUAUUAUCACGCAGCAACCCCGAUCACAAUUUAUGUUGUGCUGCCACAUGAUCGAACAAUCCAUUAUUUUUAUACUAAUCCUUAUCAGUGACAUCCUAUACUUACUAACUCGAUGGUGGAUUCAAAAAACGAAUCACCAAAAAAAAAAAUAAUAAUAAUAAUUACCAUUCACAAUUGUGAAAAUGGGAAAAAAGGUUUAACAUGAGAAAGAACAGUCCACAAGUUCACAAUUUCUUGAUGAAAAACACAGUUCAAUAUAAAAGAACAAAUUUCACUUUAAAAUAAUUCAGAUUACAAAAUAUUACUUCAUCUUGUGCUGUCUGUCUUUUACUUUUGUAAGUAUUUAAGCAUUUAACUCAUUUAAACAAACCGAAUGAUAAGUUCUCAAGUUAGUCCAGGCAGCAAAUGCUCAAAAUAAGGUAUUUUUACGCAACUCUGAUGAUAGUUAGGUAAUGUAUAUCAAAAGUCCUCACUCCAACCCCCUGUGCUAAGAAGGAGGGGGUGGAUUAUAAGUAACAUUUUUUCUGUUUACUAUAUAUCUCGGAAACUAUUUGUUUUAGCGACAUGAGUAUCCUCUACAAAAUUAUAGCUUGAAAUUAGAUACAUGUUUUGUCAGUACUGAGUUUGAAGAAAACUGGUAGGAGAUUUAUCAAGCUUCAAUUUGUACAGGAUGACUUGUCAAUUGGAUGACUAUUCCGCGCCUCGUACUUCGCGCAUAUCUGGGUGACCUCUUGUAGGUGUGGGAUAAGUGUGUGGUUUGCAGCCAAACUGACUGUAACAAAAUAUUAAGCAGUUGCCAUAAUUUUCACCAACUCUGAACAAUCUAUGCGGUUAGAUACGUUCUAGCUGUGAGGAUAACCAUUCCCCUUGGCGUAUGAUCUUAUUUUUUUCAAAUUCGGUUUUGAUUGCUUUGUUGCUAUGCUUCCAAAUCAUGAAUUUAGUUAUAAGACUCUUGUGCAUUAACGCUCUUGGUAGCUGAACUAUUUAAAAUUAUAUGUCAUUUUAAUAAUCACGGAAAUUCAUUGUUCAAAUUGUUCCAGUAUUAAUAAUUAUAAUUGGUGCUGAUUAUUCAACUUCAUUAAAAAUUCUAGAUUAUCCAGAGAUAUUAUCAAGACUGGACGUAAUCAAACUUUAUAGAAACUCAAAAUGAAUUGCGAUAAUUAUUUCAUAGCUAUGUUGUAAAUUAUUUAAAACAUGUAAAUAUUAUUAUGAAAUUUAUGUUAAUUCCACUGCAUUUCAUAAAUUAUAUGACAUUCAGCCUGCCAUGUGUAGCAAAUUCUAAUGCCUAAUUAUUGAUAGAUUUUCAUCUAGUUUUCUAGUCUACGAAUUUUCAAAUGAAAUUUUAACAAUCUAAAAAACUUUGUAGGAAACGUUUAUUUUUUUAGUUGUAGAAUAACUAACAGAUUAACGAAUUUAUCUUUUCGUUUUUAUCUGGUUGUAGUACGGUACCAUUAAAAAUAAUGUGAUACAUUAUCUUGUAUAGAUAAACUUAGUUAUUAAGGAAAUCUGACUUUUCUAAAAUAGUUAUGUUUCAAUCUAUAAUUAGGUAGGCCUAUUUGCAUUUUCUCUAGAAUGACCUCAUUCGUUCAGAUUCUCCUUGAUUUUUUCUUUCAAAACUAUAUCUUCUUGUUCCCUUACAAACUAUUACAAAUGACUAAUUGCCUUUAAACUACAGAUUGACUAGAAGAUUUCAAAUUUGAAUUGGAAAUAUUUAUAUUUUUUGUUUGGGAGAUGGAGGUCCACAAUCAUAAUUAGUACUAAGGACGCAUUCCAUUCCUUUAUUAUUAGUAGGAAAUUAUCACUAGAAAAUGGAUAGAACACUAAUUACACUUAUUUGAGAUCUAAUAUGCAGCUUGAACAACCGAUGUCAGCUACAGGCUCGAUUAUCUCUGAAUGCUUGAAACUUAUCUCGAUUUGCUCAAUCUCAACUUAUGAACGGAGGUCUAUUGCUCCUCAAACUCACAAAUUACCAAACUGAAUUAAUAUUUUGUAGUAAAAACUCUUAAUAUUAGUACUACUAACAGUUAAAAGUUUCCUAUUUGCAACAAGCCUCAGGCUAAAAAGUUGUUGGAGACUAGAAACAAUCAAGCAUAAAAAGCGGGUGGUUUUAAAAUAAUUGGAAAAAAUAAACAUAUGGAUAAAAUAUUUUAUUAACAGAUUUGAAAACAUAUUAUUAUGUCGGUUAAUCGAGUUUAACAUUUUUGUUUUGCAAAUUAUCAGAUAUUAUUUAUCUGAUUAGCCAGUCUAAUAUUCGUGAUAAUUUUCACAUAUUCUUUCAACUAUACCUGGAAAUUAAAUAUUUCCUUCGCAAUCUUGUCGUUUGGUAUCACUGCCAAUUUAUUUUGUAAUUGAUAUGUUCUGAUUACUGAAUUCAUCCAGUUUUAUAUUUAUUUUGUAUUAGUUACAGUCAUUUUAAAACCAUACGAUUUUCUUGCUUGUCCCUGUACACAUGAAAAUCUGUUAUAAUUAUAGUAAAAUUGUAAUUAACAUUUGAAAAUUAUAGUAAUAUAAUCUAUUGAAAGCCUAAAUCUUACCACCUUCUAACAUCGAUAUUAAAGUACCAAUGUACCAAGGAAAAUUUAAAAAAGUUGGUCAUUUUAGAUUUUUGAAGAAUUCAGAUGACUUUGAGGAGAGUGUAAUGGCCAUAUUUAUAAUAAUUACUUUAUGAGGAAUAAUUUGAUUGAUGUAUUAAAAAAAACGUUUAAUUGUCUUUAAAAAUUAAUGUCAUGUUGUUUUAUUCUGUCGUGUGAUCAAACCAGUGUUUUUCUACAAUUGUUUCAUUUCUACUUAUAAUUUAAUUUUUAUUCGAUUGUAUGCAUUCAUGGUUGUACAGAUUUUAUAUAUAUUUACCAUAAAUAAAAAUUGGAUCAAUAUAUUUAGACACGAA